AUGAGCGACAGUGCGACCGUGUCGUCGCUGCAGCAGCUGCUCGCCCGCCCUGCACCUCGCUCGCCGCCGCGUGCCGCCGGCUCGAUCAACUCGUCCGCAUCUCGCUGUCGCACGCCCUCGCCGUCCUCCCGCUCGGCCAAGGCCACGACAGCACCGCCAGCCCGUACACCGCCAACACGAGCAGGCUGGGGCGCGACCAUAUCGUCGGCGUUCGGCUACCGCCCCGCACCCUCCGCCUCCUCCUCGCCAGCUCCAGCCGCCGAGGCCCUCAGCUCGGCCACCUUUGGCGCAGGCGGGCAGCGCGCGCGCACACGCGAGCGGGGCCGCAUACCGGCAUGGACCACGGUGCCCGAGGUGCACCUCGUCGACGCCGGCGCGGCGGGCGACGAGCCGGCGGUGCUCGAGGAGGACGAGGACAACGAGCUCGACUCGCUCGCCGAGACUAUCGUGUGGCAGGCUGGGAACGACGGCGUCGAACCUCCAGGGCCGCUCCUCGUCUUCGCAGGCUCGCGCAUACCGCCCCCGAGCGAGGUCUCGCACGCCAACUUGCUCGCCAACCUGCGCCGACGCCUCGAGCGUUUCGCCCAGUCCGGUCCCUACACCGUCGUACUGCUCGUCAACCCGACCCCUCACGCUCCAACAACCGCCCACCUCGUAUCGUCGUACCUGUCGGUCGCCCGCGUCGUCCGCAAGAACGUCCGCCACAUCUACAUCGUCGGCGGUGGGUGGUGGACUCGUGCUAUCCUCGGUAUCUUCUCGUCGACCUUGCUGUCCGUCAAGUCAGCCGAGAAACUCGUCCAGUGCGCCACCUUGUCCGGCCUUGCGCAAGCAGUCGGGCCCGAGGCGUUCAAGCAGAUUGAGUUCCCGCUCGAGGUCUAUGUAGCCAACGCUGCGACCGAGGACGAGAUCGUCGUGCCGGUCAACCAGGACGAGUCGCUCAAGGCGACUUUCGGCCGGCCUCUCGAGCAGACGAUGAGCGAGAACGAGAACGACCCACGACUACCGACGAUCGUGCGCGACUGCGUCGACGUCCUUCUGGAUCAAGGUCGUGCUUCUGUCGGCAUCUUCCGCCGCUCGCCCUCGGCUGCACACGUCAUGCACCUUCGAGGGGCGUACGAGCGCGGCCACCCUGUCUCGCUCUCGACCCUUCCAGACGCCCCGUACCUCGCCGCCUCGCUCCUCAAGCUCUAUCUCCGAGAGCUGCCGGUGCCGCUCCUCCCGGGAGGCGACGUCUGGGACGUCGCGCGUACCUGCCCUGUCGGCGACGACGAUGCCGCUCUCGCCCACGUCGAGGUCGAGCUCGUCCCCCUCCUGUCCUCGCCGACCCGUACCCUCCUUCGACACGUCCUCGGCGUCCUCGCCCUCAUCGCGGCCAACUCGAAGGACAACCUCAUGACGGCGUCCAACCUCGUCGUCUGUCUGUGCCCGGCGCUCAUCGGCGGCCUCGGCGAGGUGCCGACGAUGGAGGAGAUCGAGAUGUGCAGGGUGCCUGGCGCCAACGGCAUGGCGACGAUCAGGGGCGUCGAGGGGACGGUGAGCGGGCGAGGGAACACGGUUGGCGGCGUCCUCAAGGUCAUGAUCGAGCGCUACAGCGACCUCUUUCCUCCUUCCCGACACGCCGGCCUCGAGCCCGCCCAGCACCGUCCUGCCACACCUCCCCGCCCGACCUCCUCAACUUCCUCCUCCUCUCCAUCCUUCGACGGGCAGCCACGUGUUCAGGCGUCGACCUCGAGCCCUGCCUCGUCCAGCACUCGCUCGAUGUCGCCAGCCUCGCUUGCGGCGCCGACUCGCCCCUCGAGCUCGUCCUCGACCCCUUCUCGCCGCCUCGGGCACAACACGAUCAAGCUCAAGAAGCCUGCUCGCGCCGGCGCCAAGUGCGGGGCGGGUAUCCUCGUCGAGGCGUUCAGGGAGGAGGACGACGAGGAGCGGGACGUGCAGCGUCUCGAGGCGCACGGAGAGCUCGUCUCGCCGGGACAGAGUGCAGCAGCGGUGCGCUCUGAGGGGGCCGAGUCGAGCGGGCACGGGCCGGAGGAGCUGUAGCAGGAUCGCCGAGCAGUGGCCCGGGGUCACAGCGUUUGGCUCUCGCGCUCG